AUGCCUGACUACCUCGCCACCCUCCAACGCGACGGCUUCGUCGUGAUCCCAUCGCUCCUCUCACCCUCCGAAGUCUCCCUCCUCCGCGACGCAGCUACCAAAGCCACUAUUCUGGCACGUUCCGGUAACUGGCCUUUUUUUCGCACUGUGCCCAAACAGUUCCCUCCCUGGCCGAAUGUCGCGCCACCAGCGUCUGAGGGCGGGAUAUGGGGAGUGCAGCAUCUCUUACACCCAGAUAUGCCAGGAAGAACGCAAUUUGCAAAUUUCUAUUUCUCAGAAAAGAUUUUGACGGUUGUGGAGGAGUUAUUAGGAGUGGGGACUGCACAAUCAACGAGCAGCAGGUCUACGCAGAAGGGGGGUGAAGAACAAGAAGAAUUGUUGGUGAUGGAGUUGUUUAAUCUGCUCGUCGCUCCCGAAACCAGAGACUUCGAGCUCCGAUGGCAUCGUGAUGAUGUCCCCGAGACAGUUCCCAGUGACGAAGAACUGAAGCUAUUGGAGGCAAAAAGCCCAAAUGGACGACAAUUCCACGCGCAAUACAACCUCGCUCUCUGCCCCGAUACAUCGCUCAUCGCAGUUCCCGGAUCACACAGGCGUGUGCGUACAGAAACAGAACGAAAUGCAGAUCCAUAUGAAUCGGACAUGCCGGGACAGAAGAUUGUGAAGCUGGAGCCUGGGGAUGCAGUGUUUUAUGAUAGUAAUAUCUUGCACAGAGGGGUGUAUAAACAUAAGCCAGAAGGCAAUGGGGAAGAAACAAGGUUGACGCUUCAUGGAAGUGUUGGACUCCAGGGGACGGAUGGAAAGGUCAGAGCAACCGCAGUGCUGCAACAUGGUGUGGGAAAGUGGAUUGAUCGAGAGGAUGCUGCGAUGCAUGCUGGCGAAAGGGCGGAGAAGAUGAGGCGGAACCUGAUUGCUAUGGGCCGAGGAGAGGAUGUGGGAUAUUCUCUACAGGGAUAG